CCAGCAGGAGCUGCAGGACCAGCAGGAGCUUCAGGAGCUGCAGGACCAGCAGGAGCUUCAGGAGCUCAACGCUUCCUCUCUGGGACCAGUGCAGAUGUUUUAGAGCUUCUCGCGGAGUCUCUGUGGACUGAACGGACCGGCUCAGUUCGGAGGUAUCCAUCGCAGGAUGAAAGCUCCAUGCUGAACAUUAGCUCAAAAUGACAUCAUCAGGCCCCGCCCUGGACUCCUUUUAUCCAAAUGUCAUUCACACUGGUCGCCACUCCACUCUUUGGCCCCACCUUCUGCUGCCUCUCUGGAUCUGGAUUGGUGAACCGGUGGUCCAGGUGAGGGCCUCCCACCAGCACUUUCACCCCCACUCCAUAAAGUUACCUGGUGACAUCACUCUGGGGGGCUUGUUCCCCAUCCACGCCCGCGGCCCCCACGGCAUUAACUGCGGCGAGCUGAAGAAGGAGAAGGGCAUCCACCGCAUGGAAGCCAUGUUGUACGCUCUGGAUCAGAUCAACAGUGACCCCGAGCUGCUGCCCAACAUCACUCUGGGGGCCCGCAUCUUGGACACUUGCUCCAGAGACACCUACGCUCUGGAACAAUCGCUCACCUUUGUUCAGGCACUGAUUCAGAAGGACACAUCUGACAUACGCUGCUCCAACGGCGAGCCGCCCAUCAUUCGCAAACCGGAGAGGGUGGUGGGCGUGAUCGGAGCAUCUGCCAGCUCAGUGUCCAUCAUGGUGGCCAACAUCCUGCGCCUGUUCGAGAUACCUCAGGUGAGCUACGCGUCUACGGCUCCAGAGCUCAGUGACAACAACCGCUACGACUUCUUCUCCCGGGUGGUUCCUCCGGACUCGUACCAGGCUCAGGCCAUGCUGGACAUUGUCAAAGCUCUGGGCUGGAACUACGUCUCCACGUUGGCGUCUGAGGGGAACUACGGAGAGAGCGGCGUUGAGGCCUUCAUGCAGAUCUCCAGGGAGGCUGGUGGAGUGUGCAUUGCUCAGUCGGUGAAGAUCCCUCGGGAGCCAACAGCUGGGGAAUUUGAUAAAAUCAUCAAACGUCUGAUGGAGACAAGUAACGCUAGAGGAGUGAUCAUCUUCGCCAACGAGGACGACAUCAAGCGGGUUCUUGAAGCGGCGAAGCUGGCCAACCUGACGGGACACUUCCUGUUUGUUGGGUCGGACAGCUGGGGAGCCAAGAGCUCACCAAUCGCAGAGCUGGAAGAUGUUGCAGAGGGCGCGGUCACAAUCCUGCCUAAGCGGGCCUCGAUUGACGGCUUUGAUCACUACUUCAUGUCUCGCUCUCUGGAGAACAACCGCAGAAACAUCUGGUUUGCUGAGUUCUGGGAGGACGACUUCAGGUGCAAGCUGACCCGUCCUGGAAUAAAACUGGACCCGGACAAGAAAAAAUGUACAGGAGGGGAGCGGAUUGGUCAGGACUCAUCCUAUGAGCAGGAGGGGAAGGUUCAGUUUGUGAUUGAUGCGGUCUACGCCGUCGCUUACGCUCUGCACAAUAUGCACCAGGACCUUUGUCCCAACAGCCACGGGGUCUGCAACAGCAUGGAUCCUGUAGAGGGGCGCCUGUUGCUGGACUACAUCAGAGCCGUCAACUUCAAUGGAAGCGCAGGAACAAGUGUUUUGUUCAAUGAAAACGGGGAUGCUCCAGGACGCUAUGACAUUUUUCAGUUUCAGAUGACCAAUCACAGCCACCCUGGUUACCACGUCAUCGGCCAGUGGACCAAUAACCUGAGACUCAACCUGGAGGAGAUGCAGUGGUCCGGAGGAGACAAAUCAGUUCCAGAAUCCAUCUGUAGCUUCCCCUGUAAACCAGGAGAGAGGAAGAAGAUGGUGAAAGGAGUUCCCUGCUGUUGGCACUGUGAGCUCUGUGAUGGAUACCAGUACCAGCUGGACGAGUUCACCUGUGAGACCUGUCCAACCGACAUGCGCCCCGUCCCCAACAGAACGGCCUGUUGUACGACCCCCAUCAUCAAGCUGGAGUGGAACUCUCCCUGGGCCUUAGUGCCCGCCUCCCUCGCCAUGCUCGGUAUCCUAGCAACCAGUGCUGUGGUGAUAACCUUCAUUCGCUUUAACGACACCCCCAUUGUCAGGGCGUCAGGAAGAGAGCUGAGCUACGUCCUCCUAACAGGUAUCUUUCUGAUCUACCUGAUUACCUUCCUGAUGAUCGCAGAGCCAGGUGUGGUGGUGUGUGCGUUCCGGCGCCUCCUGCUGGGCCUUGGCAUGGCCAUCAGUUACUCUGCCAUGUUAACCAAAACCAACCGAAUUUACAGAAUCUUUGAACAGGGCAAGAGAUCGGUGACUCCGCCCAAAUUCAUAAGCCCCUCCUCCCAACUUGUCAUCACCUUUAUCCUAAUUUCUGUCCAGGUUCUUGGCGUGUUUGUGUGGUUCGCUGUAGUUCCUCCUCACACCAUCAUCGACUAUGAGGAGCUCCGCCCACCAAACCCAGACCUAGCCCGAGGCAUCCUGAAGUGUGACAUGUCGGACCUGUCCAUCAUCUGCUGCCUCAGCUACAGCAUCGUUCUCAUGGUAACGUGCACGGUUUACGCAGUGAAGAGUCGAGGUGUUCCAGAGACGUUCAACGAAGCAAAGCCCAUCGGCUUCACCAUGUACACAACCUGCAUUGUCUGGCUUGCCUUCGUGCCCAUCUUCUUUGGUACUGCUCAGUCCACUGAGAAGAUGUUCAUCCAGACUGCCACUCUGACCGUGUCCAUGUCCCUGAGUGCUUCUGUCUCUCUGGGAAUGUUGUACAUCCCCAAAGUUUACGUCAUCGUCUUUCAUCCUGAGCAGAACGUUCAGAAGAGGAAGAGGAGCUUCAAGGCUGUUGUCCAGGCGGCAACGCAGAAGACAGACAAACCAAACGGAGACACAAAAAUUGAACCUGAUAGAACUCAGUAAUUCCCCCAACUGAAGGUACCGGCUAACGUAUCCCAGAGCAAAGUCUGAUGACAUCAUCACCAUCAUGAAGAUCACCCACGCUGAGCUUUUAUUGUGAAAACCAGGAUUUGGAUUAGACUGGAAAGGUUCACAGUGUGUUUAGGGGACAGGGUGGAGCUCAGUGAUGCUGCCAUGGCAACAGAGACAUUAUUUGACCUUCCAACUGCAGCAAGGUGGACUCAUGACAUCAGAGGCAACACAUGACCACUUCCUGUCUGAAUUCAUUUCAUCUCUAUCAAAUUGGAAUUUUUUUACUGUUUAAAACAAUUAGGAGAACUGUGGGAGCGUCUCGCUUGUAGCGGGCACUCACCUGUGGGUCUUACAUGAGGGGGGACUCACCUGAGGGUCUCACCUGUUGCUCUGGGGAUUUUUCAUCACUUUGUGGCUCAUGUGAAACACCUGGAUUCACCUGAGGAGAACAGAACUUUUGCUGUAAAAUCAUCUGAAGGUCAUGUUACUUGUUCAAGCUCAGGUGAUGUCUUGGCUGAGAUGGUACUGCAUAAACCUGAAGGUUUUCCCAUGUUUCCAUUUUCUUUUUGUCUGUUGUUCUUAAAAUGUUGAUCCUGAAGCUUUAAUGAAACCUUUCUUUGGUUUUCAGAUCUGUUCUUUUUUUCAGCAGCACCUUCAGAUAAAUGAAAAUAGAUUCAGGAACAACAGACAUCAUCUCCUACAUUCACAUUGACUCAUCUAAGGUCAAGUUUAAGAGAACCAGCUGUCAGGUUAACUCAAGAUAUGUCUGAGCAAACUUCAGCUCCGUCUCACCUGAAAACAUUGAACAUCUCCAAAACAUCAGGAGAUGCUGUCCAGAGUCAAGAGCUUGUUGGGGGCUGAAUGACCAGCGUCAUUCAACCCCCAACAUUGGACUGGUACUGUUGGGUGUGUUAUCUGUAACCUGGUUUUACUGGGUUCUAACUGGUCUUUGAACACAUUGGACUGGUUUUAU